AUGGUCAACCUCACCGAACAAUGCCCUGAUCCCGUCGCCUGGGAUCCCAAUUUGGAUGUCUCGCACUAUUUGAAUGGCGAUGCGGGGGCACUCCUCGAGAACUACUCCCAUGUGGCGCCGAGUGAGCAAGAAGCCCAUGUCAAGCUUAUUGCCGAGACAGCAUGGCGGGUGAUCAACUACCCCUGUUUCCGGAUGCUGUGGUUUCUCCGCUUCGAAGUAGCCCAGUACCCCAUCUACGGGGAGAUCGUGCAGCGAGUCAAAGACGGGGGUUUGUUCCUUGAUUUGGGCUGUGGUCUUGCACAGGAUGUCCGACGGCUGGUGUAUGACGGGGCUCCAUCCGAGAAUACCAUUGCGCUGGACAACAGAGCCGAGUUCAUCAAUCUCGGCUACGCCUUAUUCCAAGAUAAAGAGACCCUCAAGACCGAGUUCGUGGUACAGAACUUCCUCGACGACAGCCUGUUCGAACACCCAUGGGCAGGCAAAAUCAGUGUUGCCAAUGCCGGCUACUUCAUCCACAUCUGGAGCUGGAACGGGCAGGUGAAAGCCAUCAAACGCAUCCUGCGACUACUCUCGAUGAAGGACGGGGAUACAGUGACUGGACUGAACUUUGGGAAGCACAAUCCAGGGCCCGCGGAGGGAUUUCUUGCUGUUGAUGGCGAGCCCGUCUUCAGGCAUAAUCCAACGACAAUCUCACGCCUCUGGGAGCAGGUGGGAGAAGAAACGGGGACAAAGUGGGUGGUGGAGGCAAGGAUGGAAGAGGAUGAAGGCCAUAGGAAUGUGAUGUCUGAUGGUGAUCGCCUUGUGUGGUAUGCAAAGCUGCAGAAGUAG